ACACCUAGGUACCUAUUUUACUGGUAGAUGAACACGGACAGCAGGUGUCUUAAGGCAACACGUCGUAAGGUCUCCAGCUACCCAACAAAUAAUCCUUGAUUACUAGUAAUCUUAUUUACGUACAGACUUUGCCAGUGAUGGCAGUGAAUAGCUGGCUUGCUGAGCCUAUAAAAGGCCUACUUCUUGACAUUACUGGUGUUCUCUACGAGUCUGGAGAAGGUUUUGGUACUGCCAUACCAGGUAGUGUCGAAGCUGUAAAAAGGUUAAGGGAAACCGGCAUUCCUGUACGGUUUGUGACCAAUGAAACGUGUGCCACUCGGGCAGAACUGAUAAAGAAGCUUCAUCAUCACAGUUUCAAUGUGUCUGAAGGAGAUGUCUUCAGCCCAGUGCCAGCUGUUAUUUCACUUUUGAAGGAACGUGGGCUGGUUCCACAUCUUUUGGUCCAUCCUGCUAUCGAAUGCGAGUUCAGUGGAUUAGUGGCAGGUAAUCCAACGUGCGUAGUAAUGGGCGAUGCAGAUGAAGCAUUCUCGUUUGCUAAUAUGAAUGUGGCCUUCAGGGCCUUAAAGGCCAUGGAAGAUCCGAAGCUCUUUGCCCUUGGAUUUGGGAAAUAUUACAAACACAAAGGCCAGCUACAGCUAGACGUGGGAGCUUUUGCUACUGCGCUAGAAUUUGCCUGUGAUAUCAAGAGUGAAAUAGUCGGCAAACCUUCACCGUUGUUUUUUGAUGCAGCUUUAUCAGACAUUGGGAUUACAGCUAAAGAGGCUGUGAUGAUUGGAGAUGACAUUGUUUCUGAUGUUGGUGGAGCUCAGAAAUGUGGCAUUAGAGGAGUGUUAGUCCGCACAGGAAAGUACACUCGAAGCUGUGAAAAUCAUCCCACUGUUACACCUCACUUUAUUGCUAAUAAUCUCUCAGAAGCUGUUGACCUAAUAAUUGAGGCUCAAUCCAAAAAUAUACAUCAGGUUUAAUGAAGGCUGAAUAUUUAACUUUUCAUUGUUGACAUAAUAUAAACCAUGAGAAAUGUAACUCACGGUAUUUUAUUUUUUGGCUGUUUAAUUUUAUGGUAUUUUAUUUUUUAAUGCUUAAUUUUAUGAUACUGUACGAAUAUUUCACUAAUUUAUAAUUGAAUCUGUGGACAAUAAAAUCCCUGGUAUUCACAGAACAUAAUUUUUCACUUUAUUUAAUUUUAUUAUAUAACUGUAUUGAUUCUAGGUAGUAGGUUGGUAGACAGCAACUGCCCAGGGAGGAACUACCAUGCUGCCAAGCGAGUGUAAAAUGUAAGCCUGUACAGUGGUCCCUCGUUUAUUGUAUUUAAUCCGUUCCUGGAGGUGCUACUAUUACCGAAAUCUACGGUUUUCGAAUCAAUUUUCCCCAUAAGAAAUAAUGUAAAUACAAUUAAUCCGUUCCUGACACCCAGAAGUAUUAAAACAAAAAAUUUUUUUACAUGAAAUAUAGAUGUAGUACAUAAACAAUACAAUGGGACAUGAUGAAUAAAACAUUAACAGCACAACACUUACCUUUAUUGGCGAUUCUUCUUAGUGUAUGGAAGACUGGAGGAGGAGAGAGAUUGGAUUAUUUACAGUUUGGAAAGGGUAAUCCCCUUCCAUCAACACCUCAGGUACCAAUUGCUUUUCUGGGGUUACUUCUCUUCUCUGUUUCUUAAUGCCACUAGGACCAGCUUGAGAGUUACUGGAGUCCUGUCUCGCAAAAUAACUGUCCAGAGAGCUCUGUUUCUGGCGUCUCUUUAACACUUCCCUAAAAUGGGCUAAGACUUUGUCAAGGUACAUGUUGCCAACAUGGCUUGCAACAGCCAUGUCAGGGUGAUUUUUCUCCAUAAAUCUUUCCAUCUUACUCCACAUUUCAAAAAUCCCCCUAAUUUCUGAAGAAGGCACCUUCCAUCUCUCUUCCUCCACCUCUGCAGCAAGAUUCUGAGCUGCGAUCUGUUGCUCUUCCUGCUGAAGCUCUUGCAGCUCCUCAGUGGUGAGCUCUUUGUUGUGGUCUUCCACCAACUCU